AUGCUACCUUUACUGAUAAUUCUUUUCUUAGUAAACGACCACGCAAGUGCUAACCUGACACACUGUCUUCAAUACAUAUCUUGUAUGGACUUUGCACAUGCAAAUUUGCGGCAGUGCGUAGGAUCGACCGCUCUGGCCCUGGCUUUAGAGGCAAAGGAACAAACAUUUGCACGUUUUAUGACGGAGCAUGAAAAUGCGACUCAAAUAUGUCAAGAAAAACUUGCUUCCGACAGCUUCGACUUCGAAGUUCUGCAGCUGCUUGUGAACGAUGAUGCUCACCGCUGUUUUAUACAUCUUUCAAAAAAUCAUCGCUUGUCUGAUACUAACGUGAAGGAUUGCUCGUGGAACACCUUGAGCUUGAAAAGUCAAUCCCGCAGUACUCCAUUCGCAUGUCUUACGAUCUUCCGAUCUGCUAGGGACGGAUGUGAAAAGUUGUUACAGUGCUGUCCGGAACAUUCAAGAUGCGCGGAAAGGCUAAACACUUUCUCUGUCGCUUACCAGGAGGCUAAGGACAAAGUUCACAAAAUCCUGCAACGGUUACUACUAUGUCUUGCCUCGGAACAUUCACUCGCUUUUCCGGAAGUUGUGGCUAUGCAGGCUAACUCUAUGCGUUCUCGUAUAGCUGGAGUACCCUUCUUCAAACCGGAUACGAGCACAGAACAAAGGAUAUCACGUCGGCUCAACCUCAUGUCCUAUUCAACUAUGUUGAAACGAACAACAGAACGUCGAAAGAAAAUACACGCAAAGAGAUUCCAACAGGCCAGAAAGCUAUUGGAAUUAACGCUAUCACCUCAAAACAACAAGGAUAGAUUGACCACUGUGAAAAACUUAUCCAGAAAUGAGCUACCAUUGUAUGCUUCACUUACGGCUGAAGGAAAUUUUGCUAAAUUGGUUGAACUUGAAAGGAAAAAGACUGCAAGCAGUUUGAAACCACAUCCUCACGUACACGAUGCAGCCAAGGCUGCAUUGCUAUCUAAAGGCGUGAAAACAGUCAAACCACAUGCGUCACCAUUACCGACUGUUGCAGGCCUGUACCUUCGGCCACCUCCUCAAAGAAAGGAACGGAGAAGAUCAUGGCUAGCAAUUGACCAAAAUAAAAAUGAAGAAGAGAGAACUACUAGCAACCGAACGCUGAAAGAAGUAUUGCUUGAUGAAUCCUCUAAGUCAAUCUGCAACUCCGAAGCUGCUUCUCAGAAAUUAGAUAAGAAUCGAAACGUACAAAGACUGCUUGAUUGGAAAGCAAGUGAUACCUUUCUGCAAGAAAGAGCAAAGCCUGUUGUGAAGCUGAGUCGGAGUAAGAUCUAUAAAGUAAGUUAA